CUUUGGUCUUCCUAGCUUCAUGCCAUGUACCAUGUUUCUAUUGCUGGGGGGGGGGAACAUCCCUAUCUGUCUUCAUCCCUUUUAAGAUUCCCUUGUUGCUUUGAUCCAUCUUCCCUCAAUUUGCCACUCCCAAGAUUGGACCAUGUUCAAGUGAGCAAUUAGCUCAUUGAAUUGAUGCAGCCCAAAUCCAUGUCUGAGAUUCUGGAACCCUCAUCUCCUGAUCCUCGCUGAACGCUUGCAGGAAAAGGAUCGUCACAUUCAGUAACAGUGGAGUAGCCCUGUGUGUGUUAGCUGAGGUCUCGGAAGCAGGAAAAGAGUUAAGUUGCAGAGAACAUAAUCCUCAUUUGCACAUUGGUACCGGUAUUUAAGAUGAAUUGUGUCCCAGCAGUGGGGCAAGAUCUUCCUGUCCUCAUGGUCGCUCUUGCUUACCAUCUCAAAUCGUUUUUUUUAAAUACACUUACACACUUACCUUUCAAUAUAAGAAUUAAAAAUACAUAGUUCAAAAAUAUUUAAUAAAAUACAAAAUAAUGCAGUAUGCAUCAAUUUAUAUUUCAGGAUUUAUUCUUAUUAAGCUUAGGGAAAUGAGGCCUUUUGCUUGCCAUCAGGAGGACGUAGCAGGCAUCAGGCAAGCUUCCCUGGGGAGUGUUCCACACACGGGAGUGCCACCACGAAGAAGGCCCUUGAGUGCCUGCUGCUGCUUCACUGGAGUAGCAGUUUCAGAAGAGCCUGUGAAGUUGAGCUCAGGGCAGGGAAGCUGAGACAAGAAUCAGGCAGUUUUUCAAGCACUUUCCAAACUUCUUCAAAUCCCAAGCAUGAAGGGCAUCAGCUGCAUUUUGAAUUCAGCCUGGAAACUGGUAAGGAGCCAUGGCAGCUGCUUAAGGACAAGUGAGAGAUUCCACCAGCAACAAGUCCAAAUUCACAAACUAGCAAGUUACCCUGAACUAACUACAUGCUUUGCCCAGGUUUGAGGAGUGGAUAACUGCAGCAAGGCUGUCUUCCUAGAAGGGCUUGAAAUGGCCUGCCAGCUAGUAGAAGGCAGCCCAUUCCAUGGAAGCCACCUGAGCCUUCUAUGGCAAAGUGGAAUCAUUGAGCACUCCUGGGCUGCAAAUCUGAUUACUCCAUCUGCAGCAGGUGGAUACCACUGGGAAUAAAAGAACCACACUUGGCACUUCUACCUUGUCUGGAUCGAGCCUUAAUUCAUUGGCCUUAUGGAGCCCAGAUAAUGGUUCAGCACUUCCAUUGCCUCAACUGAAUUUGAUGUAUACGAGAAAUAGGAGCUGUGUGCCAUCAUAGCUGGUAGCGCAGUGCAGGAAGCAAAGCCAGGAAGUGUGUGCAUUGGAGAACAUUACAAACGGAGCCUAGUUCCGCUGGCGAAUUAAGAAAUUGGUUCAAAGGGUGAACUCACCCCUGUGACCAUUCUCACUUUCCCCUCUAAACAACCACCAUGCUGUUUCUUUUGCUUAUGUUUCCUGAUAAGGUCUGUGCUGGUUUCCCCUGCGGUCAGGACUGUGCUUGGCUGAUAAAACUUUCCUACAUGCGAGUGGGAUAGAAAAUCGGGUGUCUUGAAUGCUCCAUUGCAUCCAGUGGGAAAGAGGCUUUGCAGCUGGGUCUUCGUAGCCUUCCUGCCCUGUAAAGUUGAAUCAUUCCAGGAUGUUUAAUGGUGGUUGGAGGGUUUGCUGUACUGUACGUUCUGAACUGGUCUCUUGCAAGUUUCUGGAUUGCACCCACUCUUUGAAAACACUUCCCUAGAGCCCAACUCUCAAAGCUCCACGUACGUGAGCCCCCUGCUGCUUGAAAACGGCUCUGACUCACAACUGCACUUUAAUAACCCUGAAGGAUCCAGUAAAAACGUUUGCCCUUACAACUUUGUGACUGUAGCUAAUCUCAAAGCAUUCCAGACUAGGAACAGGAGCUUUCAGAGCACUUCCUGAGGGUCUGUCUCAGCUCAUGUGUUUCUGAUCUCUCUGCCCCAAGGACAGAUGGGGUUGGAGAGUCAUGUAUGGAAGACCACAGCUUAUACUUAUGCACACUAGCCUGGAAAUGACAGCGGUGGUUCCCCAGAGCCGUCUUGUCAAUGGUUGAUCCUGCCUGUUACUGCUGCCAAACAAGUGGUUCUUGCUGCACACACCCAGGGAGUUCCUGUUGGGAAAUUCCUGAGACACUUCUGAUAAAUGUUAUCAUCUUCAGCUGAAGAGGCUUCAGCAGGGGAGGAAAAGCUUGAGGAAAUGUGUCAUGAUGGUGGUUACUAUUAUGAGCACAGAAGAGAGAGCAUUAAUGGGUAAACACCCAGCAUUUGUAGUGAGAAGAGGGAGAAGAUGCUGGUGAUGGCAGGAGGAGGUCAUUCCUUGGGUCUGCUUGCCUCCCUCUUGCGCUGUCUGGUGGGGUUCUUGCUCCUCUGUUCCUCAGUAUGGACCCUCAACUUAGAUGCAAGUUCUCCAACAGUGUACUCUGGGCCCAACGGAAGCUAUUUUGGGUUUGCCUUGGAUUUCUACCGGGACAGUAAAGGCAGCAUGCACGUGGUGGUUGGGGCCCCACAGGCCAACACCUCGCAGACUGGUGUGACGGAGGCAGGUGCUGUCUAUCUGUGCCCCUGGGCACCUAGUGGCAGUGCCUGCACCCCCAUUCCGUUUGAUACCAAAGGUGAUGAGGUCGAGCAGCUGCACAGUGUGGUUGUGAAAACCUUCAAGACUAAACAAUGGUUCGGAGCCUCUGUGAGCACCUGGAAAGACACCAUCGUGGCUUGUGCCCCUUUGCAGCACUGGAAUGCCAUUUCUGGUCGAGAGGAGGCCACAAAGACCCCCGUGGGCAGCUGCUUCUUAGCCACAAGUGGCCUGCAGCGCUUUGUUGAAUUCUCUCCAUGCCGCAACAUCAAAAUGGAAUCAUUUUACAAGUGGACACGAUAUGCAAAUGACCACCGCUACUGCGAGGUUGGAUUCAGCUCUGCUAUCUCUGAUUCUGGGAGACUCUUACUUGGGGCUCCCGGUGGACAUUACUUUGGAGGUCUGAUCUUUUCAUCCAAUUUGUCCACGGUCCUAGCAAAUGCUCCUCUCAAACAUACCCUAUUGUGGACACCGAAAGAGCUGCAAGCCACAGGUUUCACUGCCUUAUACUUCGACGAAUAUCGAGGGUAUUCAGUGGCUUUUGGGGAGUUUAAUGAGGACUCUGAGUCACCAGAGUACGUUGUGGGCGUUCCUAACAAGAGCCUAACAAAAGGAGCGGUGCAAAUUUUCACCUUCAAGCAUUCCUUCCUUCUUCUGCGGUCACUCCCCAGUGAGCAGGUGGCAUCCUAUUUUGGGCACACAGUUGCGGUUGCAGAUAUCAACGGCGAUGGAAAAGAUGACAUCCUGGUGGGGGCCCCUCUCUUCAUGGAGCGCCACUCCGACCGCAAACUCUAUGAAGUGGGAAGAGUUUACUUAUACCUGCAGCAGAAGACCCCCACUGCUUACAGCACCCCCUGGCAGAGACUGACGGGCACAGAUGUCUAUGGUCGCUUUGGCAUGGCCAUUGCUUCCCUGGGCGACGUAGACCAGGAUGGAGGCACUGACAUAGCCAUCGGAGCCCCCUUUGCCGGCCAGGAUGGAGGUGGCCGUGUUUACAUCUACCAAGGGCACCAUGAGGGCUUGAGUUCAUCGCCAACCCAGAUCCUUGAGAGUCCCUUCUCUGGGCCGGCUGGGUUUGGCUUCGCCAUACGCGGAGCUUUGGACAUUGAUGCAAAUGGCUACCCUGAUGUGCUGGUUGGAGCUUUCAGGGCCAGCAAGGUGACUAUGUACAGAGCUCAACCCGUCAUGUUUCUCAAAGCCCAGAUAGACCUGCCCGGUGUGCUGAACCCAGAGGAGAAAUCGUGUAUGGUAGCAGGAGUACAAGUCAAAUGCUUCACAAUCCAGAUAUGUGUUGAAGUGUCAGCAAAGAGGAUUCCUCAGAAAGUUGACCUGAAUGCUGAUCUGCAGCUGGACCGCGUGAAGCAGAAAUACGGGCGACGGGUUUUGCUGCAGCAGACCAGCCAAUCGAGCCGAACGUUCCCGCUGAAACUGUCAAGAGAGAAACCCCAAACCUGCCAGGGUGUUGAUGCCUACCUGCGGGAUGAAGCUGAUUUCAAGGACAAACUGAGUCCCAUUGUUGUGAGUUUCAACUUCAGUUUGGCAACUUCCUCUGCAGACGGGGAGAUGCAGCCUGUGCUAUCUGGCCAAACAAUGGUCCAGGAUCAGACCCGUAUCAUUGUGGAUUGUGGAGAAGACAAUGUCUGCAUCCCAGACCUCCGACUCUCCGCUCACACGAACGAAGGCUCCCUGCUAAUUGGGGCAGAGAAUGUACUUCUCCUCCAGACCACGGUGAUGAAUUCUGGUGAGGGAGCCUAUGAGGCAGAGCUGGUGGUGGAGCUGCCACACGGAACUUACUUCCAGACAGCUAACAGUGAUGGGCAGAAGUUGAUUUGCAACACCCGUAAGGAGAAUGAGACCCGCUUGGUGGCCUGUGAAAUUGGCAACCCCAUGAAAUCCAACACCACGAUCCAGGUAGAUGUGGAGCUAAGUGUCAGCCAGCUGGAAGAGGCCAGUGAUAAUAUAACUUUGAUGCUGCAACUAAGAAGCAAGAACAGCAACAACCCCAAUAGCGCCAUGGAACAAUUGCAGGUGCCGGUCAAGGUUGCUGCAAGAAUGGAACUGCUGGGGAGGUCUGCCCCAGAUGUCGUUGUGGUCCCACUGGCCUUUGGGGACUAUAAGAACACGAGCAAGGACAUAAAUGACUAUGGACCAAGAGUUGAACAUGUUUACCAGUUGCAGAAUGCUGGCCCAAGCACUGUAUCUGGGGCCGAGCUUCUUGUGGACUUUCCCACCCACUUCCGAGAAGGCUUCCUGCUUUAUAUUGCAAGGGUGAGCAUGGAAGGCAACAUCGCCUGUUCACUCACGAACAACACCAACCCUCUAAAGCUGAAAGUCCUGGAGCCCACAACUGCUCCCAGCUACAAUAUAACUGCCCAACCACAGCGCUUGCGUGAGAGGCGGGAUGUGAACUCGGCAGCACUGCAGGAACCCAUUGUGGUGAACUGUAGUAGCCAAGACUGUGCCCUCAUCUGCUGCCAAGUGGGGACUCUGGAGAAAGGGCAAGGAGCCAUGGUGACCAUCCAUGCAGUGCUGUGGCUGCAGACUUUCCAGGAGCACCCCAUGAAGGAGCAACUCCUCAUCCAGUCUCAGGCCCGAUUCAACACUUCCGGGAUGCCGUACCGCAUUCAGCCGAAAGUUCUGCCAAGUGGAUCCUCUCUGGUACGUCAGUGAAUCAGUGUAGCCAAAACUCGGCUUUGAAUAAGAACAUCAGGCCUGCUGGAUCAGGCCAAUGGCACCUCUAGUCCGGCAUCCUGUUCUCACACAGGACCUGAGCACAAGAGCACUUUCCCCUUCUGUGGUUUUCUGUGGCUCAAGAAUAUUUCGGCUUAUUGAGAUGAACAGGGCCUCGUUAAUGUUUUAACUAAGGCAUACCCAGCAAACAAUAAUAGGGACAAUGAUUCACCAGGGACAAGGACCAGAAGACUGUGUCUGUCCCUCCUACCUAAGGGUAGUUGAAGUAUAGGAACAUGAGGGUAUAUUACGGGUUUUGGCAGGUCAUAGAGCCAAGUGGGUUGUGUGUGAGGUGAAUCCACGGGGCCCACAAUCUGGGAUUGCCCAGUUAUGGUUUCUGAAAAUACCUGGUCAUUUGAUGAAGUCAGGGACUGGAGCCUGAUGGUU